AUGGAUUCUACUCUGCGAGUGUUGCAUAAUGCUCUCAUUCUCACUUUGAACACUCUCAUUCUCGUCAUUGGAGACAUCAGCAACAAAAGAAAUUUGGACAAAUAUGCAGCUAUUGCAAUGUUGGUGUUGACGACGAAAUUGAUGAAUGGGCAUCCCGGAAUACAGAACAUGGCUGCUGUGCUUUUAUCUGGGUAUUUCGGAUAUCGAUGCGUAACUAGCGAGGCACUCAUUAGUCAUCCCGUGACUUCUAAACGAAGGCGUUAA